AUGGAGUACUUAAUGGUGAAAAUCAUGAUACUGGCCACAAUGCCAUUGUUUUCACUUGCUGUGGACAUUCCUGUAGUGAGGCAAGUGGCUUCAAAGUACAAUGUGUCUUGCAUACUAGUUUUUGGAGAUUCAAGUGUUGAUUCUGGCAACAACAAUGCCCUUCACACCACAAUGAAAAGCAACUUUCCUCCCUAUGGGAAAGACUUCUUUGACAGCCGCCCAACUGGAAGGUUUAGCAAUGGCAGACUUGCCACAGACUUCGUUGCUGAAGCAGUUGGGUAUAGAAAGGUGAUUCCACCGUUUCUCGACCCAAAUUUGAAGCCAGAAGAUCUUCAGUAUGGCGUUAGUUUUGCAUCAGCAGCCGCAGGCUUUGAUGAUUAUACAGCUGAAGUUUCGAAUGUUUUGCCUGUUUCGAAACAACUGGAGUAUUUUGCGCAUUAUAAGAUCCAUUUGAGAAGACAGGUGGGUGAAGAAAGGGCGGAAUUUAUUACAAGAAAUGCCUUGUAUAUUAUCAGUAUGGGUACAAAUGACUUCCUGCAGAAUUAUUUCUUGGAACCUACUCGCCCUAAGCAAUUCAGCUUGGAAGAAUUUGAGAAUUUCUUGCUCUCUCGCUUCUCUAAGGACGUUGAGGAAAUGCAUAGACUUGGUGCCAGGAGGUUGAUAGUUGUAGGAGUCCUCCCUCUGGGAUGCAUUCCACUUAUCAAGACAAUUAGAGGUGCGGAAGGCUGUGAUAAAAGUUUAAACGGCGUAGCUGAUGCAUUUAAUGCAAAAUUACUACACCAAUUAAACUUCUUGAAGACAAAACUGGGUUUAAGGACUGCUUUGGUUGAUGUUUAUGGAAUGAUCCAACGUGCAGUCACGAAUCCUAAACAAUAUGGAUUCAUCGAAGGUUCAAAAGGAUGUGUUGGGACAGGGACAGUAGAAUAUGCAGAUUCAUGCAAAGGGGUGAAUAGUUGUUCAGAUCCAGACAAAUAUGUAUUCUGGGAUGCUGUUCAUCCAACACAGAAGAUGUACAAGAUAAUAGCUGAUGAGGCCAUUGCAGCUUUUCUUAAUAAUUUCUUUUGA